AUGGCGAGCCCCACGCAGGACAUGAUCGACACGUACAUGAGCAUCACCGGCGCCUCUCACUCACUCGCGCUGCGAAAGCUUGAAGAAUAUGGAGGCAAUCUCAAUGAAGCCGUGAAUGCACAUUUUAGUGGUGGAGAUAGAGACUUUACAAAUCCGGGGUCUGCUGCUACCCCACAAUACAAUUUCACUCAUAUGACUGGUCAGAAUCAAGUUGCACCUCAUGCUGUCCCCCCAUACAAUUUCCCUCAUAUGAGUUCGCAGAAUCAAGUUGCACCACAAGGAGUUGUACCACUUCUCUCUGCUGCUAGGAGUUUCAGGCCAUCAUUACUAUUUGAUCCUAGUUACAGUAGGGAUCUCCUUAACCGGAUCGGUUCUGCAUUUACUGGUCGUGCACCAGUAAGUUCACAUCCAGGAGUUGUGGGGGGGUUUCCUGUAGAUUUAAACAGAGGGAAUGAUUAUCCUCAUCUCUCGGGACAGAGGCCUACUAUUCAGGACAUGACAGGAAAUCCACAUGGCAAUGAUGUGGAGGAAGAAAUGAUUCGAGCUGCUAUUGAGGCUUCAAAACGAGAGGCUGAAGUGGCUUAUCUGAAUACGCAAACCAGGGCUCUCAAUGUUUCUCCUGUUAAUGGACUUCCAGGAAAUCAAACUCACCAAGAUGAUGAUGAUGAUUUCGAUCGUGCACUUUCAUUGUCCCUGAAGACAGCAGAACAAGAGAAAGCGAUACGUGAGGAGAAAGGGAAAGACAGGAAUCCUGAACUGGCAUGGAAGCGAGGAAGGUCAUUGCACCAAAAUGGAGCUGAAUUUGUAGAACAGAAACAAGUGAGUCAAGAGUUGAAGCGUGAUGCUGGUAAAAAUCUUCAGCUGGGUAGCCUGGACAUUCAUUGUGAAGAGUUAGGCAGCAUUUCUUCCAAAGAGCUCGACGAAGCAAUAAUGCUUGAGACUGCACUUUUUGGCAAAUCUUCAUAUGCAACUAAUUUGCCAAGUCGUCCAAAUAUAAAUUUGGGUCCUAAUAUGCAGCCUGUACAUGGCCCCUCAUCAUCUGCUCCAACAACAAGACAAUUGCUAAGACAACAACAGGAUGAUGAGUAUCUUGCAUCCAUCUUGGCUGAUAAAGAAAAGGAAAUGCAUGGUGUCAAUGAUCCUGGAACUUGUCACUUAAAGGGAGUCAAAUCUGACAACAAAAAGAUCGAUACAUUGGAAGGUGAGCGAAUGCUAGCUGCAAAAAGUGCUUCACUUCCUUGCGAACCAGCAUCAGAUGAUGAGAAUGCUGUGACUCUUCUGGUUAAGGUGCCAAAUGGCAGCCGCCUUAGCCGCCGCUUUCACAAAUUUAACAAGCUUCAGAUUCUUUUUGACUUCAUAGAUGUUGGUGGAGUGGUGAAGCCUGGAACUUACAGAGUGGUGAGGUCAUAUCCUCGGCGUGCGUUUACUCUUGAUGACAGCUUAUUAACAUUGAGCGAAGUUGGACUGACGAAUAAACAAGAAGCCUUGUUUCUGGAAUUGAUUUAG